GCGUACCAGUAUUAUUUCAAGGCCAGGCGCAUCUCACCUCUUUUCACGUGAGUGUCUAACCAUAGCGGGACAUAUCAAGGUUGAUACUGGUAUUAGAUUCGACGCCCCAAGAUUAUUUCUAAUAUCAUUUGUGAUACCUUGAGGCCUAGAAGAAGGUUGUUGGAACACGGAUAGAUAGGUGAGACAUUGGAAUGACGGUUUACACGUACCGGUACUGUAGCAUGAUAAGUGUGCACACCCUCGAGCACAUGGAAGUGCUUUAGAAACAACCGUUCCCAACAGUAGGUAAAAUGAAUGGUGAAGGAGAGAGGCAACGAUGAUUACCGUACUAUGCUUGCUGUAACGGAUUAACAGGGAGGCAAGAAGAUCACCAGCUCGCUAGCAACCGUCCCACACGUGUAUCCCUGGGAAACAAUGUAAUGAACCGAUUCUUCGGGAUACCCGCCUGGCAUACUAUAUACCGUGCCCGCACCUAUCUGGCGUCGUUUGUUUCUCACCGCUCACACAUCCUCUUCCUACUUCUCUUCCCACCUCUCUUCCUCCUCAUUCCUUCGCCCAUCUCCCAAACUUACCAGUGACCUAUCCUCCUCGCCCUCCAGAAGAAAAAAGAAAAGAAACGAAGCUGGUCUUGGCGUGUCACUCUUCGCUCCUUUAAUUGACCUGUUUCCUCUGUGUUCGUCUCAACAUUGGACCUGAACGAGAUCUUCAUAGUUACCCGUCUAAUCCGCCGGAUCCAAUUCAAUACUGUCGAAAAUGGUUUCCGCUGCAGAGAAAAAAACCACCCCCUCGCCAAAGGACGCCGUCACCAAGGUUGUGGAUGAGGACGCCAUGGGCAACUUCGACGAUGCCCGUCUUUCUGGAUUGGGAUACAAACCUGAGCUGCAAAGAAAGUUCACGCUACUUUCCUGCUUGGCUGUUGGGUUCAGUAUUUCAAACAGUUGGUUUGCCGUUACUGGCGCUCUCACUACUGGGAUUGGUAAUGGGGGUGCAUCGAUUUACAUGUACGGAGCAAUUCUCGUUGCAUUGGUUCAUGUCUGUAUCGGAGCUAGUCUGGGAGAAUUGGCGAGUGCUUAUCCGAACGCUGGUGGUCAGUACUAUUGGGUAAUCAGACUUGCUCCCAAUAGAUGUAGAGCUUUCCUAUCUUAUCUCACUGGAGUUACUGCAUGGGCUGGUGCCAUGAUUACUGGAGCUUCUGUGGCUCUUGUUGUCGGUCAGGGGGUCGUGGGAAUUAUUAUUCUUUGUAGGCCUGAGAUCGUUUACAAACAAUGGAUGGGAUUUGUCGGUUACCAGAUUGCUAAUAUUCUUGUCUUCUUUCUGAACUGCUCCAACCGGUUCCUCCCAGGGCUAAACAAGGCCAGCCUUUAUAUCUCGCUGAUGAGUUUCCUGACAAUUACUCUUGCGGUUUUGAUCGCCUCGCCGAAAAAGGCUUCUGCGGACGCUGUUUUCAGGUCUUAUACUAAUAGUUCUGGCUGGAAUAAUGAUGCAGUCGCCUGGAUUCUCGGCCUUCUUGGGGUCAAUUGGGGAUUCUCGUGUCUGGAUUCAUGCGUCCAUAUGGCAGAAGAGAUCCCGCAUCCGGAAAAGAAUAUUCCUAAGGCAAUUAUGGGUACCGUAGCGAUCGGGUUUAUUACAUCUUGGGUUUAUAGCAUAGCCAUAUUCUUCUCUAUGCAGGACAUUAAAAGUGUGAUUACUACUCCAACUACGGUACCGGUCUUGGAACUGUUCCGGCAAGCACUUAGGGGAAAUGUCCCAGGAGCGGUGUUUCUGGAAGUGCUCGUUAUUCUCACUGCUAUUGGGUGCUUAAUGAGCAUUCAUACAUGGCAGAGCCGUCUGAUGUGGAGUUUUGCUAGGGACAGGGGUUUUCCACUCUCCUCCUAUCUUGCCGUUGUCGCUGGCGCGCCUUAUUCUGUUCCCCUUUGGUCUCAUAUUUUCUCGUGCUUCUGGAUUGCUGUGCUUGGUAUCCUUUACUGGGUCUCUACCACGGCCUUCUUCUCUCUUCUCACUGGGGGUAUUCUCAUGCAGUACAUAUCUUAUAUGAUUCCAAUAUCUCUUCUUCUCAUUGGAGGCCGUCGGAUCUCCGCCCCUGGGCCGUUUUAUAUGGAGCAACAUGAACUAUGUUUCGGUUGUGAUAGCAAUUAUCUUCCUUUACGCAGCUGUAUACUGGUUCAUCCGGGGAAGGAAGACCUUUAAGGGUGUCAAGAGGGUACAUGAAAUCGCGGCCACGGUGGAUAUCACAGAUGGUCCGUAGUGGGAGUGAAUUCGAUUAGGUAUGUCGAGUGAGAAAAUGUGAUUUCUGGUUUGCCCUGUCAAACGAGGAAAAAGUUUAGAUGUGAAUAUGAUAUGAUGCCUAAACAGCCUGCGUUAGGGCUAUGAGGGAAUAACAGAUUGCACAAGAUCCACGAAUUUUAAUUUCGGUUUUAGAG